AUGCAAGGUCAUGAUGAUAUUACCAAAGUUUAUACUUUCGAGAAGACUUUAGGAGAGUAAGCCAUGGGUUUUAAUAAAUUAGAGGUGCCUUUGGAGUUGUGAAGAGAGCAAAAAAGAAGUCUAAUGGAGAAAUGUAUGCUGUCAAAAUCAUCAAUAAGUACUUCCUCAAGUGAUUAUUAAUUAGAGACAAUUUAUCAAAUGAAGACUAACAAGCCUUACAAACCGAAGUAGAAAUUCUGACUCAAGUAAAACAUUUCGUUUAUCUCUAGAUUGAUCACCCAAAUGUAGUGAAACUCUAUGAAAUUUACGAGGAUGACACCAAUUUUUAUAUGGUAUUAGAGUUGAUGACUGGAGGCGAAGUAAUAUUUCAAAUUAAACUCUCAGCUUUUCGAAAGAAUAGUGGAAAAAGAUCAUUUUAGUGAAAAAGAAGCUGCUGCUACAUUGAGACCCAUUAUUGAUGCUCUUAACUAUUGUCACAAAAUGGGUAUAGUGCACAGAGAUCUAAAACCUGAAAAUCUUCUAUUUUCAAGCAGAGACCCAGGAGCAUUAUUAAAAGUAAGUGAUUUUGGACUCGCUCGUUUUGUUACAAAUGAUGAAGUUAUGAUGACUUAAUGUGGUACUCCUGGAUAUGUUGCUCCUGAAAUCCUAUCAGGCCAUGGAUAUUCAGAAGCAAUUGACUUUUGGUCCGUUGGUGUUAUACUCUACAUCAUGUAUUUGAAUAUGUAAUUCAAUAGGUUAUGUGGAUUUCCACCUUUUUAUGAUGAGGAUAAUGAUAAGCUAUUUAAAAUCAUUAAAACUGGGUAGUUCUCAUUCCCAUCUCCUUAUUGGGACACUAUUAGCAAUGAAGGUAAGCAUUAUUAUAGUAUAUUCUAAAGCUAAGGAUCUAAUCAAAGGUCUGUUAACAGUUGAUCCAACUAAGAGAUUUGGAACAGAAAAAAUUUUGAAACAUCCUUGGCUAGUGAACAAUACAGCUUAAUCCAUUCCUAACAUUUAAAAUAAGAUGAAGGAAUUUUAUGGAAGCGCAACCAUGAAGGUAUAUUAAAUUUCAUAAUUUCAAUUAGAAAAUGGGUAACUUUGUUAAGCUAGCAUAAAGAUGGGGUAAAUUAUCAUAGAUAAAAAAGAAAUGAUCUAUUAUAUCAUCA